UAAGGUGUACUGUAGGCCUUUCUUCAGCUGAUUGUUGUCCCAUAAUAUAGGCACAACGCGCGUAAGUUUAAAUUGUUAAAAAUAGACUAUUUGAAAACAAAUGGUUAAUUUUUGUAAUUAUUCAGCGGAGAGAAGACAGAGAGUGACUCACUGAGUGAGUGUAAAUCUGAUGAAGAAAAAAACCCUAAAAAGAAGCUAUAGAAAAAGAAAAGAGAGUAAAAUGAAGGGUACUUUAGCAAGGCAUUUACAGGUUCAAUUAGGUCAAGUUUCUGCUAUCCCAUUUCAUCAGUAUCAGCAGAAGCAGUCUUCAUUUUUCACUUCAGCUUCGAGUAAAUCCACUGUUUUCCAGGAAUCUGAAGCUACAGAUGAUGAUCCGCAGCUCCGCUUCGAGAACCCCAGCGUUGGCGACGGUGAUGAGAAAGAUUUCAUUCUCAGUCAGGAUUUUUUCUGCACUCCGGAUUAUAUUACACCUGUAGAUCAAAAUUUACUAAACAGCUUUGAUUGCAGCAAGGAAAACAUAUCAUGCCCUCAAUCACCAGAAAAAUUAACCACUAUUAAAUCCAAAAAACUUUGGCGAGAUGGUACCCCGAUGAAUCCUCUAAACCCAACCCUGGGUGACCAGCAACAAAAUAUGGAGAUUGUGAAUGAUGCUUUUUAUAUGGAUGAAAUGAAAAUUGAGAAAACAACAGCACCUGCAAAUCAUAAAGGUCCAAGUUAUGUAUCACAAUCUGCUGUUGCUUUGCGUUGUCGGGUUAUGCCCCCUCCUUGCAUGAAGAAUCCAUAUUUAGUGGAUGCUUCGGAAAUGGAAGUAGAUCCUUUUGGAAAUCAAAGAUCAAAAUGUGCUGGUCUUUUCUCUACAAUUGUUGGUGGAGAUGGCCUUUCACGCUAUCACACAGAUUUUCAUGAGAUCCAGCAAAUUGGCACUGGAAACUUCAGCCGUGUCUUUAAAGUUUUGAAGAGAAUUGAUGGUUGCCUGUAUGCUUUAAAACUUAGCACAAGAAAGUUACAUCAAGAUGCAGAGAGGAGGAAAGCAUUGAUGGAGGUUCAAGCUUUGGCAGCAUUAGGAUGUCAUGAAAACGUUGUUGGAUAUUAUUCUUCAUGGUUUGAAAAUGAGCAGCUCUACAUUCAGAUGGAGCUCUGUGAUUCCAGCUUAUCCAUCAGUAGAGCUUCCCAGCCAUUCACUGAGGGAAAAGUAUUGAAAGUUUUAUAUCAGAUUGCAAAGGCAUUGCAGUUUAUCCAUGAACGAGGAAUUGCUCACUUAGAUGUAAAACCUGAUAAUAUUUAUGUCAAGAAUGGAGUUUAUAAGCUUGGUGACUUUGGAUGUGCAACUCUUCUUAAUCAGAGCUUGCCAGUUGAAGAGGGUGAUGCGCGUUAUAUGCCACAAGAGAUCUUAAAUGAAAAUUUUAAUUAUUUGGACAAAGUUGAUAUCUUUUCCUUAGGAGCUGCUAUUUAUGAGCUUGUAAGAGGCUCACCUUUGCCCCAAUCAGGAUCUCAAUUCUUUAACCUGAGGGAGGGAAAGUUGCCACUUCUGCCUGGCCAUUCGUUGCAAUUUCAGAACUUACUCAAGAUCAUGGUAGAUCAAGAUCCGGUCCUUCGUCCUUCCGCUAAACAACUCGUGGAAAAUCCAAUAUUUGACAAGAUGGUUGGAAGAAAUCUGAGAGUCUUGGCAAAAUCGUAGUUAGAUAUUUAUGACCAUAAUUUUUUGUAUAUGCGGCCGCUAAUGGUGAUGAUCUGCCGUUGAUAUGUGGUAAAAGAGCACCGGCUAGAUGUGAUUGGCCAAUUUUGUAACAAUAUUUAUAUCAGUACACUUUCUGCAGCAGUGUGCAGGUUUUGUAAAGUUUAAGAGGAAAUCUAUAUUUAAAGCAUGACGGCAAGUAAUUGCAAUGAAA